AACAAACUAGAUUCCCGAAAGGAAAAAGACCCCCUGGUGGUAGCUCCAGCAGCUGUGUGUAGCAGCACGGUGGAGAAGAGGCUGUGUUUGGAUUAGGGGGUUGGGCUGCCUGCUGGUAGGAAACCUGCCGACAGACAUUCAGUUGGACUCCGGCGGUGCAGCGUUGCUUUCCCGCAGCAUCAGCAGCAGCAACAACCGCAGCGCAGUCUCCAGACAGUCUCACCUGCUUCUAUCUGCGCUUCCCUCCGCCUCUGUGACCAGAAACAAAACACUGCCGCAGCACAGAGGGGACGGACGGACAAGGACGAUCAGCUGAGCAGUCUUCAGGGAAAUAAAGGGGAUAUAUAUAAGGGCGGUGAAAGAUGGUGAAACUAGGGAGUAAUCUUCAAGACAAAGGGGCCAAACCUGUGAGCGUGGAGGACGGCUUUCAGAAUGUGCCCCUCAUCACUCCACUGGAUGUCGGCAGCCUCCAGAGUCAAGCACCUGACAAGGUGGUGGUGAAAACCCGCACUGAGUACCAGACAGAGAAGAAGAGGCUGAAGGUUCCCAAGGUGGAGGAGUUCACCAUCAGCUUUACUGACGGGGUGUCUGAGAGACUUAAGGUGACGAUUCUCAUCAUCCUGGCCCUGGCCUUCCUCGCCUGCAUCGUGUUCCUGGUGGUUUAUAAAGCCUUCACCUACGACCACGCCUGCCCAGAUGGAUUCAUUUACAAGCACAAGAGGUGUAUCCCAGCGUCUCUGGAGGCCUACUACGCUGCCCAGGAUGCUAACUCGAGGGGCCGUUUCUACACAGUGAUCAGCCACUACAGCAUGGCCAAGCAGACCACCUCGCACUCUGUCACCCCCUGGCUGCCCGGAGGGGCGGCGGGGCAGCAGCAUGACGCUAAACCGCCCACUGGCGAGGGCCACUGAGUUAGCCGAGGGGUGUUGUAAACACAUGCAGACAUGAAGAAACACAGACACAGGCAGAUAGAGACGCACACACACAAACAUGUAGGUGAACAUUUUUCGUAGAUAUAGAUAAAAGAGACACACAACAGAUACAAAUACAGUAUAACGCCAGUAUAGAGUGAAAACAUGCAUGCAGGCAUAAAAACACACAUGCUCGGUCAUAUUCUGAUUUCCCCAGACUGCCCAUUUAUGUGCUCACUUCCUUAUUCGGGCGCAUUCCCAUUGUACCUUUGCCAUUUUGGGAUUAUCAUCGUCUGCUGAUACACACUCCCACAUACAAACAGUCUGCUCUCUCGUUACUAUGUUUUUAAUCCCUUCCUCUAAUUUAUUAUUUAUUGACUGUCUUGAUAUGUUUAUUUUUUACUGUAAUGUAUGGAUGAUUUGUAUGUGAUUAUCUUUGUACAAAGGCACGAGUCAAUGCUGAAUUUCACACUUUCUCUUAGUGAGAUUCUCUGAAGUUUGAAGUCGUUUUUUUUUUUUUCCCAAGUGUGUUACUGUAGUUAAUGUAUUUUCAUUCACGGGCCCUUUUCUCAGAUCACUUCAUAUUCCGACCCCAAAAACUGUCAGUAUGGUCUUGUAUUGCUGUAACACAUUUUUUAAACACAACAUUUUAGCUGCACUGUCUGAGGAAGGUUUGACGCCACAGUCCACGUCUACAACACGUCCUGAGUUGAUCGAAUACAUUUUUCCAUCAUGGCUGUUUGAUAGCUCAUAUACAGUGACAAGUCAAUGUGCUGUGUUAUACAUUUUAAAUCCUGAUAUCUCCCAGUGACCCAAGCUGUACAUACAACUGUGUGCUCAGGCUAGUUUUUUUUGUGUGUGUAUGCAUUGUAGUAGCUUUUAUUAGGAGGUUUUUAUUUCUGUUUUUACAGAUCUACAAUUCUUUCAUGCAAGUUACGUACAUAUUGCUUCAGUGUUGUAGCUCCAUUAAACACAAUGUUGCAGUUGCAGAUGGGAAAGGAAACACCGUGCAUAUCACCAUCUCUUGCCCACACUGUUAUUUUCCGCUGAGAUUUGCUACGUUUAUUGAUGGGCUUCAACUGCAGUCGAGUUCUGUUCCUGUACCGUUAUUUUUCAUUAUGUAAUGUUGGAUCUGUUGUCAAGAGCGCUUUUAUGAGAUAUUGUGAUGUCGUUAGUUGAUAUGUAGCGAUACCUGGUGUAAUUUAUCAGUGUGCAUCCUUGUCCCUGUUCUCUUGGUUUGAAUUCAAAAUAAAAGAAGCUGUGACCUGUA